AACAGGAACCAGUUGCUGGCUGCGCUGUAGAACUCGGGAGAGCAGUUGACCAAUCAGGUGUUAGUCACGUGCUGAGUCUGGGAAGCGGAAGCAGAGGAGAGACGUCCUGCGGGGAUGUAAACAGUGUGUGCUUUUUUUUAUAUUAAGGCUUAUAUGGUGUGCAGGGGAAUGGAGAAUGGGAACUCGCAGUAGCAGCAGUGCAGGUGGAGGAGAAGCUUCAGGGGAUUCUCCAAGAGGAUCCCGAAACAACUCAGGAUCUCGUGGUCUACAGGAUGAUGAUGACGAGGAGAACGUUGACCUGGCGCAGGUAUUGGCGUACCUUCUGCGCAGGGGGCAGGUUCGGCUAGUGCAGGGAGGGGGACCCGCAAGCUUGCACCUGGUGCAGUCGCUGUCUGAUUCUGAUGAUGACAAUGACAUUGCUUGGGAGGGCUGCUUGGGAGACCGCUACAAUCCUCCUGUUGACCAAACACCAGAUACUGCAGUACUGGAUCAGAGCCAAAUAAGAACACAGGUCUUGCUAGCUACGGGAAGGCUCGGAGCACGCAGAGAACAGAAUAUCACUCGGCAGCUUCUAGAGAGAGAGCGAGGAGGAUGUGGUUUCUCACAUGGAGUCCGCUGCCAUGUGACAUCUCACUUUCUGCCAAACCAAGUUUUUGCCACGGAUUCUUACACCCAGAAGGCUUUUUGUGGGGUAUAUUCUACAGAUGGCACCCUCUUUAUGUCAGCUUGCCAGGAUCAGAAUAUUCGCCUUUAUGAUUGCCGGUAUGGAUCCUUCAAGAAGUUUCGAACCAUAAAAGCUCGAGAUGUUGGCUGGAGUGUCCUUGAUGUGGCAUUUACUCCAGAAGGAGGACAUUUCUUGUACUCUAGCUGGUCUGACUACAUUCAUAUCUGCAAUAUCUAUGGGGACACAGAAACACACACCGCACUUGAUCUCAGCCCAUCAGAGAGACGAUUUGCUGUUUUCUCUCUCACUGUAUCUCGUGAUGGUCGGGAAGUGCUUGGAGGAGCCAAUGAUGGAUGUGUAUAUGUGUACGACCUAGAACAAAACCGUCGAAUAUUGAAGAUUUGCUCUCAUGAGGAUGAUGUGAAUGCUGUCUCAUUUGCUGAUGACAGCUGUCACAUAUUGUAUUCUGGUGGUGAUGAUGCUCUGUGUAAAGUGUGGGAUCGUCGCACAAUGCGUGAGGAUGAUGCCAAACCAGUGGGCCUGUUAGCGGGGCAUCAGGAUGGUAUUACAUUCAUUGACAGCAAGGGUGAUGCACGAUAUCUGCUUUCUAACUCCAAAGAUCAGAGCAUUAAGCUGUGGGACAUCAGACGAUUUUCAGGUCCAGAGGGGCUUGAAGCCUCACGUAGGGCAAUCACCCAACAGAACUGGGAUUACAGAUGGCAACAGGUUCCCAAGAAAGCUCUCAGGAAAAAGCGCCUUCCUGGGGACACAUCUCUGAUGACUUAUCGUGGCCACGGUGUCUUACACACUUUGAUCAGGUGUCGCUUCUCCCCUGCAAACAGCACUGGUCAGCAGUAUGUGUAUAGUGGGUGCUCAACUGGCCGAGUUGUGAUUUACGACUUGUUAACAGGGCGGAUAGUGAAGAAACUGGCCAAUCAUAAAGCAUGUGUGCGGGACGUAAGCUGGCAUCCAUGUGACAACAGGCUUGUGAGCAGCUCUUGGGACGGUAAAGUUUGUGUCUGGGAUCACCGCCAGUCGGAAUUUUAUGAAGAGGAUUUGCGCACACCACCACCAGAGUCUGAAGGCAGCCCUGCUAGCAGUUCCUCCUCCUGGUAGCCAACUACAAUGACCACUAACACACUUGGCUUGCUAUGUGAAAAAUUGAAGCUAAAGAGGACAUAUAUUUAGUAUGUAUAGUUUGGUGAAUGUAAGGGUAUAAAGAGUGAAUCUCUGCUUCUAAAGCAAAAUAACUAAGGACGACUGCAACUUGCUGACUGAGUCAGUGACAAGUGUCCAGUUUGGUGGUGGGAUUUGUCACCUGUUUUUGACAUAUGGGAGAACAAAGAUGUACUAUUAUGGUGUGUUUGUUGAGUUCUGGCUUCUAUUUCUAUAAUAAACCUGUCCCAAAUUA